AUGGCACCCCAGGCUCUUCUCAUGAGCGAACGCUUCUCCUUCUUCUUUUCCGGGAUCACUUUAGGCCCAGUAUUGGGUUUGCUCACGUUGCCAUUUCUAGCCCUGUACUGGUUUUUGAAGAAACCAAAGGGCUUCGAUGUUGAUGUUCCGCUCUUGACGAAUGAGUCUGAGGACUUUAUGGAAAUUCUGCAAGAGGGGUAUACCAAGCAUCCUCGAAGCUUGUUCAAAAUCCCGACUUCGAACAAGCCCAUGGUAAUUGUACCGACAAACAUGCUGGACGACCUCAAAGCCUACCCCGAGGAAGCCAUCAGUUUCAGAAAAGAAAUGUCCGAUCGUUUCUUGGGACGAUAUACAUCCGUGGCAUCCAACAGCGAGGCAAUGAUACAAUCCGUAAAAUCAAACUUGACACGAGGCCUGGAUUCCGUCAUCCCAAUCAUGCAAGAAGAAGUAAAAUAUGCCCUCGAGGAGUGCAUUGAAAACGAGACAAUGGAUGCAGAAGGUUGGGUGAAAGCACCAUUAUAUGCACUAUCCGUUCGAAUCAUAGCCUUUGUAUCGAGCCGGGUAUUCGUAGGACUACCACUGUCACGAAACCAAGAAUGGAUCGACAUGGCCAUUAAUUCGACAUUCGACUCUUUCGUGGGCGCCGCCGUGAUGUACAAGUAUCCCUCCUGGUCGUGGGCAAUUAUGCGAUUCUUCGUGCCUCAAACAAGACGAAUCCAGCAAUGUCGACGUCGAGUGGGAGAGAUGUUGAAGCCUAUUCUCAAAGAGCGAAUGGAGCACGCAAAGAAUAAUCCAGGCUCCAAAAAACCCUCUGAUAUGAUACAAUGGUUAAUCGACAACUCCAACGGAAGAGGCGGAGACUUGCCAUUUCAAGCCAACGAGCACAUUGUCAUGAAUGUCGCAGCAACACAUACAACUGGUGGACAACUCGCUCAUACACUAUGUGCUCUCGCACAACACCCCGAAUACAUCCCGAUUCUGCGAGAAGAGCUACAAGAGGCUUUGAAAAAUCUCAAAGCUGGCGAGAAUUUGAAUAAAAAAACUCUGUUCCAGUUGAAGAAAAUGGAUAGUUUUAUGCGGGAAGUUCAAAGGAUGAAUCCUCCUGGAAUGGUCUCGGCGAAUCGAAAAGCUCUUCAGCCUAUUAAGUUGUCGAAUGGAGUUAUUGUCCCGACAGGCACAUCUUUGGCAACUUUGCCCGCGUGUGUCAGUAUGGAUCCCAAGAUUUGGAAAAACCCGAAUGAAUUUGACGGACUGAGAUUUUACAAUUUGCGGCUGGCGGAGGGGGAAGAGAAAUAUCAAUUUGUGAGCGUCAAUGAAGAGGCUUUGAGUUUUGGACAUGGAAGACACGCCUGUCCCGGUCGAUUCUACGCUGCCGCAGAGCUGAAAGUGGUUUUGGCCGAGAUACUCAGCACGUACGAUAUCAAGUUGUGUGAGGGCUAUAGCAAAAGCCGUCCUCUGGGAGCAUGGAUGGAGAUUAUGGCUGCUCCUGACCAUACAUAUGAGCUUUGUUUUCGUAAAAGAGCAGCUGCAUGA